AAAAAUAAACUCGUAUGAAAUUGAAAUAAAUAAUUGACAAAAACCCCUUCUUCUCCUGGCAUUCAUGUAGUUGCUCCUGAACCUCUGCAAAUGCCCAAGAUUAAAAAAAAUGGUUGAGUAAAUACUAAUUACCCAAAAUUUAAUAUGUCUUCGUAUUUGUUUCCUUCAACACUCAAGAAAUUAUCUUUAUUUUCAAGGAAAUUCUCAAGUUUUCGAGCUUCUGCUCACCUAAAUUCCUCCCAAUUUCUGGGAAAUAAUUCAAGUUCUCACACUUCUACCACAACAACAUGUAACAACUCCCAAAUUCCUGGAGAUAUGGAUGAUAGCAUUUAUGCAAUUCUCACUCUUGACCGGUGGGAGUCACUGAACCAUAUGGAAUACAAAUUGGCUUCACUUAGACUAGUUCAUGGAAGAUUAGCUUUAAAAUUUCUUAAUUGGGUCAGUAAACGGCCUGGUUUGGAGUUGGACCACAUAAUCCAUAUGUACAGUAUUACCAUUCAUAUACUUGUCAGAGCUAGGAUGUAUGAUAACGCUAAGUCGCUCUUAAAGCGUUUGUCUCAUAUAGGUGCGGAUCUAAGUUCAAUUUUUGGUGCUCUCAUGGGAACAUAUCGCCUGUGCCGUUCAAAUCCUUCAGUGUUUGACCUCUUAAUGAGGACUUAUUUGAAAUUGGGACAAGUUGACAAUGCUCUGGGGAUCUUUCAUUUGAUGGCUUCUCGAGGAUUUAACCCAUCAGUUGAUACGUGCAAUAUGACGUUAGGUGCAAUGCAGCAGCAUCGAAUGGCUUGGGCUUUCUUUAAAGAAAUGCUUGCUAGGAGGAUCUGCCCUGAUGUAAGUACCUUUAAUGUGCUCGUGAACAAUCUUUGUAUGGAAGGAAAGCUUAAGGAAGCUGGUUAUCUCCUCAGAAAGAUGGAAGAAUCUGGUUAUGUCCCAAAUUUGGUUACUUACAAUACUAUGUUGGGUUCCUAUUGUAAGAAAGGAAGGUAUAAAGCCGUUUGUGACCUUAUGGAUCAGAUGAGUUCUAAAGGUGUCCCAGCAGAUACAUACACAUAUAAUAUGCUUAUUGAUGGUUUAUGUAGAAGUCAUAGGAGUGCGAAAGGCUAUCUACUGUUGAAAAGGAUGAGGAAGAAGAAGAUAGUACCGAAUGAGGUGACUUAUAAUACUCUUGUUAAUGGGUUUGUGAAGGAAGGGAAGCUUGAAGUUGCUGUUAAGGUUUUUGAGGAGAUGGUGAGGCAUGAUCUGAAUCCAAACCAUAUCACUUACAACACCUUGCUUGAUGGACAUUGUGGUCAGGGUCAUUUUCAGGAAGCUUUCAGAAUUUUUUGUAGAAUGGAAGCUGUGGAGCUGGCGCCUAAUGAAGUUAGUUAUGGGACUCUUUUAAAUGGACUAUGCAAGCAUGGCAAUUUUGAACAUGCAAGAAGUGUAGUGGAGAGCAUGGAAGCAAAAGGUAUUGCAGUUAGUUGUACCAUGUACACGAUGAUGAUGGAUGGAUUUUGCAAAAAGGGGAUGCUCACUGAAGCUGUAGAUUUGCUAGCUGCAAUAUCAAAGGUUGGCGCUUUUGCUGACGUGAUCACAUAUUCUGUGCUAAUCAAUGGAUUCUGCAGGUUGGGGAAGAUGCAUAAUGCAAAGGAGAUAUUGUGUAAGAUGUAUAAAGCAGGAAUCCGGCCUAACAGUGUUAUAUAUGCAACAAUGAUCUAUAAUUCUUGCAAACAAGGAAGGGUUGUGGAAGCCUUGAAGCAUUAUGCAGCCAUGAACUUUGAUGGACAUGAAGCUGAUCUUCAAACAUGUAAUUUGUUGGUUGCCUCUCUUUGCGGCAGUAAAAUGUUUCAGGAGGCUGAGGAUUUCAUGCGACAUAUGAGCAGAAUGGGUAUCAAACCUAAUUCUACUACCUUUGACUGUGUAAUUGAUGGCUAUUCAAAUUUAGGCAACGAGUCGAAAGCAUUUUAUUUCUUUGAUGAGAUGAUUAAAUUAGGUCAUUAUCCAACCCCUUUCACUUAUAAAAGUCUUCUAAAAGGGCUCUGUAGAGGUGGGAACUUCGAGAUUGUGAAUAGAUUUUUCAGAUUACUCUGUAAUAUCCGUGGUCUGCCUGACGCUGCUGUGUACAACACAUUGCUUUCUGAAAUGUGUAAAUUGGGUAAAUUGGCUGAAGCAGUAGACCUCUGUGAUGAAAUGAUCAGAAAUGAUAUUCUACCUAAUAAGUACACAUAUACUACCCUGUUGAGUGGUUUAUGUAAAAAGGGAAAAAUUGUUGCUGCACUUCUCCUUCUGGGAAAUUUGACAAGGAGAGGAAUAUUAUAUCCUUGCCAAGUGGUAAAUACAAUACUGAUUGAUGCUUUAUUUAAAGCUGGUCAUCUAGAGGCUGCUUCCUGUUUUUAUGAAAAUAUGGUGAGGGAAGAGGUGUAUCCUGACGUAGUUGCUGCAAAUGCUAUUAUAGAUGGAUAUUCUAGGAACGGGCAGAUGACCAAAGCACAUGAAGCCUUCCAGUUGAUGUGUGAAAAUUCUGUUCCAAGUUUGGCUUCUUAUAACAUUCUUUUACAUGGGUAUUCAAAGCAGCGGGAACUGUCGAAAUGCUUUACUUUAUACAAUUCUCUAAUGAGCAAGGGUUUUCUUCCUGAUAAUUUAACACACUAUUCUCUCAUUUUUGGACUCUGUGAGUCACAAACAGUGGAACUCGCUGUGAAAUGUUUAAAGAAGAUGAUAUUGGAAGGAAGUAUUCCUGACCUGUUGACAUUUAACUUGCUUAUCAGAAAAUAUUGUGAAAGUGGUGAGAUGGAGAAGGCAUUUGAUCUGACUAAUUUGAUGGUGAAGGUAGGAGUGCAAACUGAUAGAUCUACCUAUGAUAACAUCGUCAUUGGACUCACCAAAAAGUCCGCUUUCCGGGAAGUGCAAAUGGUAUUUCAUGAAAUGUUGGCAAGGGGGUAUGUUCCUACAUGCAGACAGUAUAUUACUUCAAUGAAAGGUAUGCUGAGAACAAGAGAUGUAGCAGGAGCAUUUAGGCUCACAGAUGAGAUGGAAGCCCUUGGUGUGAGCUCCCGUGAUGUAGCUGAUAGUGCUAUGGUUAGGGGACUUGUGAGUUGCGGAAAGAUUGAUGAUGCAAGAUUGAUUUUUGAUUGCAUUCUACGGAAGAAUCUUGUUCCAUCUGUUGGUACUUUUACAACUAUGAUGCAUGGGCUUUGCAAAGAGGCCAGAGUCACAGAGGCUUUGAACUUGCGGGAAAUCAUGGAACAAUAUAAACUAAAACCUGAUGUCAUUUUGUACAAUGUACUAAUUUCAGGCCUUCAUGCCCAAGGUGACACUGAUGUGGCUUUUAAACUGUACGAGGAGAUGAAAGAAAGGGGUCUUUGGGCUAAUAUUACUACUAUGGAAACUAUCAUCAAUGCUGUUCUUGCGAAAAAGGACCUUGUAAAGGGUGAAAUUCUCUUAAAGGAUAUGCUUGAGAGGGGAUUUAUAUCUGAAAUUGGAAGCUCUGAUUACAUGCAACAGCUUUUGAUAUCUGCUCUGAACAAAUUGACUUUUUUGCGAAAUAAUAGAGGAAAAUAGGGGAUGGAGAUCAGACUCCAUUAACAAUCAGGUUUGGUGGAAGCAGGCAGCAAGAUGCCCGAUCUUAGGUAUUUGUUCGAGUUUCUACUGGCCCACGUAGAGCUGAUCAAGUUUGCACAUCGUACACAAUAUCCUCUGUAUCUUGCAGUGUGUUAUUUAUAUGAAUAAAUGUCAAAUGGCUUGCUACCUUGGAGAUUCUUAGUUUUCUGCUUUGUGUGGUUCAGGUAGAAAUGACACCGUCAUUCCGUCACACAUUCCUCUUACUGGCUAUAUGAUGGCUUGAAGGAUACCUGCUCUUUGGAUGCCAAUAUGCUUUAGUCUGGCUCUUGCAUGUGGGCUGUGGCACAGGUAGUAAUUUUUUUCAGUUUCUUUCUGCAUUUUAGUUGUCUUGUGAGAUUAUAUAUGAUGCAGUAUGCACUCACCGUAAUGCUUCUUCAUCUUGUAGGUCUUCAAGCUAGUCAUUUUUUUGGAUUUGUGAUGGUGUCCUUUGUGCUGAGUGAAAUUUGAGUAAAUUUUUUAUGUGAACUCUUGACAUCCUUAGAACAACCAUCUAGUGGAAAUCUGCUUGGGGGGGGGGGGGGGUUGCAGAGGUCCGGAUUAUGCAGCAUUCGAAUGGUUUUUGGUGAGAGAUCUGUUGGAGAAAACAUUUUCCAAAGGGAAGCUGUGAAAAAGUGCCAAAACACGAUGUAGUCAGACAUUAUUUCUAGAGACAAUCAUAGUGAAGAGGGGAAGAAGCAAUGACUGAUAAAAAUUACUGAAUUAGGGUACAAAUUUGUAAGAAAGGUGUGAAGGGGGAGCUUACACCCUCCAUGAAGCUUGGCGCCAAAACGAUUGAUAUAUGAGCGGUUACCUUAUACCACCAUUUCAUACAUGAAUUGAAGCUGAUGACUGGUGCAUUAGUUCUGAUGUAUCUUGGUAGUUGAUAUGUUGACUCAGGGGUUCCAUGCUCUCAAUCAGCUACCGAAUGUUGUCUCUAAGGUCACCAUUCACCAACUUAUUCAUUUUAAAAGUUGCCUCGUGCGUGCCAUUCUUUCUUUUAAAGCAGCAUUUUCUAGAUUAGCAAAUUAUGCAGUUGCUACCAUCGGAAGGAAAAAUGUAGAUUCAUGACUAGUAUGUGAAGUCUUAUUUGGCAAUGGUCUUACUACCAAUCCAGAUUCGAGGAUUUCAGGAUAGCUUCUGCUCAAGUGACAAAUUUUGUUCUACAAACCAAAUGAUUUUACAUGGAAUUUGGAAAUAUGCUUGCAGCUCAAAGUAUCCAAUUGAACACAGGAGGAGACCUUUGUGACUACUGAGCAUGUUUAAUGGUUCUAUAUAUGGCCAGAUGAGGUGAAAGUUAAUCUUACUCUUAAGAGCAGGGCACGGCUAUUGAUGCUGACAAAUCGAAGAAGAAGGUCACUCGUAGUCAAAUCUAACUUCUCUCGAUGGAUCACUUAGAUCAGCUGGUCCGACACUUGAUUCUUGGAGAUGAUAAGGGAAAAAAAUCAUGGACGCGGCUCAGUUUAGCUUCAUGGUGAAUGCUCUGUAUGAGCAAAUUGUUCAUAGAUCUUAUGCCACUUCUGGGUUCAGGUCUUAUACGUUUAUAGGUUGUUGAUUUCAUUGAAACUCAAGGAACGAAGGCCGGCUUUUAAUACAUGGUAAUCGGCUAUGGUGUCGUUUUAGCAUUUGCUUUCUGUAUAGUCUUUGAAAUGUAUGAUAGGAAUACAUUGCUGCUUGUAGUUUGUUCCUUAAAACUUUAUGUAAAGAGAUUCUUUGGUAAUGGGGGUUUUGUAGGGUUUUGUAGUUCAGCUCUACUCUUCUAAAUGCUUUGGAUGUUAACUUUGUGUAUAAUGGGAGUUUAGACUGCGAAUCUGUACCUAUCCCUCCAUGGUUCCACCCCAUAUUAAUAUACAACCUUUUAUCCA